GGCGGGGGCCUCGAGAGGGUGGAAGGAGGGAGGAGAAGGGCGGGGCGCGGAGGCCCUAAGCAAAGGACGAGACUCCAACUCUGACUUUUUCUGCCGCUCGCGGGUCAGGACUCUGAGGAGACACUGCUGGUCCAACUCACUCCUGGACCCGAGUCCACCCCUGGCCUGCUUCAACCCCUGGGGGAUCCAGGAGUUCAGGCCCCCAGCCUCCUCCCCGCGCAGACUCAAAGGGUCCGGGUUCCCAGCCCCUCUUCUCCAUCACGCCCUGGAGUCUGAACUCAGCCCCCUUCUCCACCAGGAUCCGGGGGGGGCUCAGCCGCCCCUGUCCCAACCUCCUGAAACAGUCAUCUCCUGACAACCCCCCAUCAGCGGCUUCCUCGCAGCCAUGUCCCUCCUCCUGCUGGUGGUCUCUGCCCUUCACAUCCUCAUUCUCAUCCUGCUUUUCGUGGCCACUUUGGACAAGUCCUGGUGGACCCUCCCGGGGAAGGAGUCCCUGAACCUCUGGUAUGACUGCACAUGGAACAAUGACAACAAAACGUGGGCCUGCAGUAACGUCAGCGAGAAUGGCUGGCUGAAGGCGGUCCAGGUCCUCAUGGUGCUGUCCCUCAUCCUCUGCUGUCUGUCCUUCAUCCUGUUCAUGUUCCAGCUCUACACCAUGCGGCGAGGGGGGCUAUUCUAUGCCACUGGCCUCUGCCAGCUUUGCACCAGCGUGGCCGUGUUUACGGGGGCGCUGAUCUACGCCAUUCACGCGGAGGAGAUCCUGGCGGAGCGCCCGGCGGGGGGCAGCUUCGGUUACUGCUUCGCCCUGGCUUGGGUGGCCUUCCCCCUCGCCCUGGCCAGCGGCGUCAUCUACAUCCACCUGCGGAAGCGGGAGUGAGGGCCCCGCGUCGCCCUGCAGCCCCCUGCCCGCUCCCGGACCCUCGGUCUCACCCCGAAGCCCCGGCCCCGCCGCGUCCUCCAGAAAAUAAAACCAAUAAACCGUUUAACCGCC